AUGAAGAAUCUGAAAGCUUCUAAAUUUCAAUUCCUUUGUAAACCUAACCAACAUGGAUCGAAACUGACUCAGAUAAGAAAGAGAAAGAGAAACAAUUACCAAUAUCAGCAGAUGAAAUCUGGUGUGUUGGAAAGAUGCAAUCAAAGACGUUUUUCUUGGAAAGCUGCAAUCAAAGACGUUGGUGGUGGGAAUCUGAAUGGGUAUUAUAAGUCCGACAUACUUCUCGAGGGUUUUGAAAUACAAAACCGUGAAACACAUCACAAUCUACAACAUGAUUUGACCGAAUACAUAUGGGAACGACAAUUUCAAGGGCAAAAUGACGGUGAAGACGACGAUGAUGACGAUGGUGACGAUGAGGAGGAAGACGAUGGUGGCGACGAGGCGGAUGAUACCGGUGACGACAACGACGAUGAUUAG